UUCGUUGGAAAAUGUAAAGAAAUGUUUAAUUUCUAGAGUAUUUCUAGACUAGUGUUUGCAUACAAAAUUUGUUUUAAAGUUGUUUUUGCAAAAUGACCUCAAGCAUUUCGCAGGAUAUUAUUAAAAUAUUAAACGAUAGUGAUAGCAUCGAUACAAAAAGACAAAUAUCAAAAAUCACUACGGAAACAAAAAGAUAUCAAGAGAAAAUCAAGUCUUACAUCGAAACAAAUCAUGUUGAGUUUUUAGUCAAUCUAUCUAGCAAUGAAUUGUACUUGGAAGAAGGUGAAACACUUAUAAAAGAGGUUGAAUAUCUUCUGCAAAAUAUCGAAGGAGACACUCAAAAUGCUAUAUACGAAGCAAAUGAAGACCUCCAGCAAUACAUCGAAGAGCUGAGAGAAAUAUCAAUUGGGUUAAGGGUUUCAUGUAAAAUUCUUCGCAUUGAUGAUCUGUUUCAGAGUCUGGAGGAAGCUAAAAGCAAUAAAGAAUACCUGAUAGUCAUGGACAUUGUGGGAAAGCUCAAGAAUCUUAUUGAUGAUCCAACCGAUAAGAUAUUCAAUCGCUUAGAAUGCUAUCACAUUAUAAAAGUUAAAUUUCGCCUUGAAUCCGACAUGCUUCUUCAAAAUAUGAAAAAGUGCUUUGACCGUUUGGUUCAGUUUGCCGAGAAAAACUUUCAAAAUACUAAAUCGGUAACCUUAAAAAUAUCUAAAGACGAAAAUCAGCUGCAAGACACUGUUCUUGCUCUAUUUAAUGCUCGAUAUAAUCCAAAAAAAAUAUGUGAGUUUUUGCUGGACAACUGCUUUGAGCCGAUUAUCAUGAAACCAGUAUCCAUGGAAUUUAGAGAUGACGCGAGCCCCGAUUUUUUUCAACUUUCUCUAUCAUACAGCUUAAAGGAUCUCGGAGCCAGUUUAAAACCUAAUUACAAAGUUGUUUUUAAAAAUAUCGAAAUGCUUGUACUUUGCCUCGGCCAUAUGAACGUUCAGUUAUCCGACCAACUUCACGUAUUUACAAUUUUUGGUGACCAGAUGAAAGAACGGCUUUUAUCAUUGAUUGUGAAUGAAUGCCUUUUAAAUGCGGUCCCCGAAACCAUGGACGAAAUGCAUGAAUCUACUUUGGUGGAAGAUAUUUUGAAUUUUCAUAGGUUUUUGGUUGAUUCCCAACUUAUUAAUGAAGAAUCUGAUCUUGCUUUAGUCGAGUUUACGGAAAAGGUAGAUAUUUUAUUUCGAAAUCGUUUCUGCGGAACCAUUAUGGAUACUGCCGUUGAUAUCAUGCGGAAAGACUUGCAUGAAAUGACAUUGAUAGCUGAACGAAAUACAACCGAUCAAGUGGCGAACAAUCCGUUUCUUUUCCCACGCUGCAUGGUCUCAAAAAGUAUAUUGGAACUUAUACAUUUAAUGGAAAAAAUCAUUCGUCAUGCUGGUUCUGUAGAAGGUGAUCUCAGCGAACAGUUGAUUUCCGUGAUACCUACCCUUAUUCAUCGUUAUGUCGCAGAAGUACCAACACACCAUGAGAAAUUCUUACAAAACAUCCCACAGCAAUCUGCAUUAUUUUACAACAAUACAAUGUUUUUGAGCCAUUGGGUGACGAAGAACUCAGACAAGGGAAUUGCUACUUUUGCAACUUUGGUCAAAUCUCUGCAAGGACUUGCGCUAGAACACUUUAAUAGUCAAAUACGAAAUCAGCGAAGCUUACUCAUGGGAAUUCUAGCUGAAUUGGAUUUAUCAGAUGCUAUAACUGCACUUGGCAUAGCACCACAAAAACUUGUUGGUCAAUGUUUGAGACAGCUCGAUUUACUCAAAAACGUGUGGCAAAAUAUAUUACCUGAUGAAGUAUACAACAAAACAACUUGCAGCCUGGUAAACGAUUUUUGUUUGGAAGUAAUUCGAAAAAUUAUGGUAAUGGAGGAUAUAUCAGCAAAAGUGGGCGAUCAGUUAGCCGAAUUAAUUGGAGUUAUUCUCGAAAAAGCGCCUACAUUGUUUAAGGACAAUCAUCAAAUUAUUCAUGUUAAAGCGUGGAUGAAAUUGGAACAAUUAAAAAUGAUCCUUGGUGCUUCUUUGGUGCAAAUUACCGAGCAGUGGUGUGAGGGUCAUGGUAUUCUAACGGCAAACUAUAAGGCUGAAGAAGUUAAACAUCUAAUACGAGCUUUGUUCCAAAACACAGACCGUCGAGCAAAUGCAUUGGCUUCGAUAGUUUAAAUAACAAAAAAAAAAACUUGUUUCCGUUUUAAUUUUAACAUACAUGCAUAUAUUAUUAUCACAUAAAAAACAAUCUUAUACUAUUUGGAUAGUUCAUAAGUUAUUUGCAUCAUAAGAGUCGUUAAUGUUUCCUUAUAUAAAGUAUGAUCACGACCGUGUGUUAUUUCUAUAAUUUUAAAA